AUGGGAAUUAUAUUGAUCAUCAUAAGAGCAAUCACAACUACAUUCAUAUUAUCUUCUAUACCAGUCAAUCAAGCGGAAUCUCAGCUACAACCGUUCACAGAAUUAGGGACUUUACUUGGAGCGGUUAGCCCAGUUUGUUUUGAUGCCUAUAGUAGAUAUCAAUGUUCCAAGCUGUAUCCCAAAUGUGCAACCGACAAUUCUACGAAAACAUGUAUGUCUACUUGUCAAACCGUACAAAAAGCAUGUGCGAGUCUUUUCCAAAUGACCGGGUACUCUCGUCUUUUACCCGAUUGCUCAACUGAAGUGUCAGUUAUGACAGGACUUGGUCUGCAAACAGAUGAUAUGUGCAACCUCAUUCCAUCCAAACUGACUGAUGGUCAGAGCAUGAGUGGCCUGUUGAAUCUUACUGCUGUACCUGAAGGUUUUGUGAUAUCGGAAUGCCCCUCCCCAUUCAUCGCUGAUCCAUUAGCGGCGAAAGGCACGAAUAAGACACUCGAUGCAAAGUAUUGUCGGUUUGGUUGCUGUAUUCCAUGUCCUGCACAGAACCUAUUUUACAAAAAGUUUUGGGCACAGAAUGGCUUCUUAGUCACAGACAUCAUUCGGUUUAUUUCCGCCAUAUUGGCUCUGUUCUUGACUGUUAGCUAUUUAAUCUUGCCUGAUAAAAGAAGACACCCUUCCCUCUUGAUAUUGAACUUUUCUAUUGCAGUUUUUAUCUUUAGUUUUGUUGUCUUCUUCGCUCUCGGUAAUCCAAAAAGACUCCAAUGUGCAGCCAACAAUAUAUCUCUGGGAGAAAUAGGCAACAACUCAUUAUGCGCUGCUCAAGGUGCUCUACUGAUUUUUGGAUCUUUUGCAUCCGUUUUAUGGUGUGCUGCUCUUAUUGUCAACUUACACGUGCAUACUGUGUGGGGCUCUAAUUUCUUUAGCAAUCGGUAUUACCUACUUUAUAUGAUUUGCUGGGGUGUACCUACUGUAAUGAUGGCUACGGCCAUCGGUCUCCAUGCGAUCAAAUUUGAAUUUGCCAACUUGUGUCUGGUCUCCAUGGAGUAUAUCUUUCCACUGUUUUUUUAUCCGUUAGCAGCGCUAAUCUGUCCAAGCUUCAUCGUGCAUAUUGCUACUUUCUUUUGCAUUGCUCGCAUGGCGGUUAAAGAAGGGUUAGAGACUGAAAUGACCCAGUCUUUAUCGAACCAUAGUAGUAGGAAUGCUGCUAUAGGCGCAAUAGCAGAAAAAACGCCAGGUGUAGGCAGAAGACAUGUCGUUGUGGCUGUUAAAAUUCAAUGGAGAGCAUUAUUAUUAGCUGUUGUGUCUAUCACAUCCGUAUUGUUUUAUUGGCUGUUUUAUAUGACUCAGAUGAGCCGUAUGACAGAAUUAGAGCAUAAUCCUACAUUAACGCUCGAUUGGCUGGAAUGCAUGCUUAUACCAGGCAAUGGACAAAAUAAAUGUCAUGAAGUCCUUAGUCAGCAUAUACCACCUUUCGCGCUGAUUAUUGUCGCUGAAGCUUUGGUCAGCUCCAUCGGUAUUUGCGUAUUCAUCAUGUUUGCUAAACGCUCCUUGUGGAGAGAAUGGAAUGAUUGGAUCUAUGAUGCGCGUAUAUGGUUCAGCAGAAACAAAAGGAGUGAAAAGCAUGGUGAGCAAUUUUUCGCUCUAUAA